UAGGUUUUAUUUUUACAUUUUUUACUGAAAAUUCCCUUCGAUGGUAUUUAGUUUUUCUUUCAAUUUUUUUAUAAGCGUUUUACGUAUAAAACAUUGUAAGACUAAUGUUAUCGUAACUAUGUAAUCAAACACAAUGCUUUAUGUUGAUAACCACAGACAAAUCGUUAACAAUUCUCAGAUUUGUUCUAGUAGCUAAAUGAACACUUACACUUGGAAAAUUUUUCGUAAUGCGCACGAAUCCUCAAUAGUAAUAAAAGCUGUUUUCAAGAGACUGUAAAGGACAGUCUCUUGAAAACUACUUUUUUUAGAUUUCCUUCAAAUUUUAAAAUUAAGUUCUUAUAUUCGCGUUAUCUGCAGAGUGGUAAAAAUUGAACUUGGAUAACUGUACUCAAAAUCAAGAUAUAUUUAUUUUCAAAUUUUACUCGUUGAAUACGCGUCAUUUUUGCGGUACAUUACGUUCGAUCGUGAACUGGAUUUUUUCGAAAAACUAAUAUGUCAUUAUUAACAUAUUAGUUAAUAAUAACAUAACAAAUAAAAUAAUUAAAAAUUGUAGGUACCGGUUUUCGUUUAAAAGCUACAAAUUAAGACUUUCCUCGCCAUAGAUAUGUUAAUAAUAUAUCUAUACAUUAGAAGUCUUUAUGAAGUUUUAUAGUAUACCACAAUUUUGUUAGUCUUCUCAGUAUGUUUAUGAAUUAAAAUCGUACACUAAUAACUUUUGUCAUCUUUAACACAAGCAACGCUAUGAAGUGAAAUGUCGACGGGAAUAGGGCGUCUAACUUGACCAUUCCAUGCAUGCACGCUCAACACCAAACGCUCGUCUAUUUAAAUUUCGUAAUUCACAUGUGUUCACCUGUGUGUCAACAAUUAAAUCCCACCUCUGAGCGCAAUGAGUAUAACGCACUCCUCCACACCUUCUGUCGUGAGUCAUAUCAGCGUUAUCAGUGACUCUCCCGAGUUUGAAAUGUAGCGUGCGUAAGGCACCUCACACGUUAUCUCAUAGAAGUCAUGUACCGUUGGCUAGCAAGUUUCUCGCUACUUUUUUUCUCUUUUCGCUCGCCGUUAAUUCACGUGGACGUGUGUUUCUUUUAGUUCUCGCGCGUAAUUAUGCACGCACGCACGCACGACGGCGCAAAAUGAGCGAAGUGCGAGUAGUCGAAAACUAUUCGAGCUGGGAUGGAGCGAAGGCGAUAAUCUCCAAACCUGCCUUCGUCAGAUCGGCUGUGUUUGCCGUGCUGAUACUCGCAAUAGUCAUCGCAUUAAUCGUCAUCUUUACAGGUCGAAACGGUUCCAGUGACGUAGCUAUUGACUACUCUACAGCUUUGGUAGUAAGCGAUGAGCGAGAUUUAUGGGCAUUGGAUUUAACCAGUCAGAAGAAGACACUUCUAGUAAAAAGUAGGAAAGGCAUUGCCACGUUCGACGUACACGAGAAGAGAACGAUAUACUGGCGUGAAAUCGACUCUCAGUGGGUAAAUUCUCUCUCAAAAAAAUAUCGCAAUUUAACGCAGUGGCGAGAAUGGGAUCCAAUGGCGGUGAGAGUCGACUCCGUCACCGAAAACGUCUACGUGCUGGAUGGGUUAGCUGGCAAAUUAAACGUUUACGAUCCGAAAAGUACGAGGUUCGGAAUAGCUGUGUCUGAUCUGAAACAGCCAGUUGACAUGGUUUUGGAUUCUCAACGGGGUCUCAUGUUUAUCGUACAGAAGUUCGAUUCGAUAUUGAAAGGUAGUAUGGACGGGUCAACCAUGGGAAAAGUGAUCGUCAGCACCUCUGUAACCGCCGUCGCGUUAGACACUCAAACUCCAAGACUAUACUGGGCCGAGUAUGAAACUGUCGAAAGUUCUGAUUACGACGGUGGCAAACGCUUAACCAUGACACGAGCAGCUAGAGCAACGUACUGGAAUCUCGGCGUCUCCGGCGCACGAUUAUUUUGGACGAAAUCCGUUGACAAUGGCUUGCGCAGUCUUUGGAGUUGUACACCAGGUAGCGCUAACAUUUGCACCGAAGCCGACGUACAACAGUUGCCCUUCGACGAUCCAAAAGGUAUCGAGGUGUUCACCGGAGAAACCAAUCCUGGUGCAAAUCCUUGCGAAAGCGCCAAGUGCGGCGGACUGUGUCUUUUGAAAACUGUCGGCUCUUACAGCUGUGCUUGCUAUCUUGGGGAGCGACUGAAGCAAGAUGACAAAACGUGUGAACCGAUCGAGGAGUAUCUCUUGUAUGCUAGAGGAGAUUUCAUACGAGGAAGAAUUACCGAUCCCAGAAGAAAUGCCUUCGUCGAUGCUAUACUUCCGAUUCGUUUCCGUCACAUAUCUCUCAAACAUAAGAAAACGAUCGAUUUCGACUAUAAUUUUGAGAAGAGGACAUUUGUUUUCAGUGAUGAUCUGACGAUAAAUACAGUCAAUCUGGACAGACGAGAUCUCCAAGGCACUUACACUCGAGACUGUUGUUUGAGGCAUCUAGCCUAUGACUGGGUGAGCGACGAUGUGUAUUACGUCAAGGACAGCAACGGUAUCACUGAAAAUACGACGAUUGUGUUGUUAAAGCCCAGAGAGGAAGCUUACUUUUCGAAAACUCUGCACAGAUUCAACAAAGAAACUGGUAGCCCAGGCGCAUUUGCCUUAGAGCCUAAUCGAGGCUUAUACUUUUUCACGAUGACGCUCGACGGCGUGACGAUGAUACACAAAGUCCAUUCGAAAGUGACACUCUUCGCCAGAGACGAUGUGAGUGACGUUGACUUGACGAUAGACCACGAAGACCAGCGAUUAUUCUGGUUUAGCAAGGAUGCUACAAAACUUUACAGUGCAGAUUUCGAGGGGCAACGAUUGAAAAGUAUUUACGUUUCGAUAGUCCAAGAUCCAAGAUCCGUUAGCGUUUACGAUCGAUACGCUUACGUAGCAAACUUAACUAGUAUCUGGAGGUUUGAUAAAUCGACGGGUUCCGGUGCGGUGGAACUUACGCCUCGUUUCAACGAUGAACGUACCGAUGCGAUUGCCGGUGCGAAGAUGUUUACCAGAAAUAUACAAAAGGUUGACUUUAAUAACCCAUGUGCUCUUAGGAACGGUGAUUGUCAGCAAUUCUGCUUCCGCGAGCCUAAGAAAGUCGUUAGUGGGGGAAGUAUUAAUGUGACUGAUGAGCUGCAAAAGUCAUGCUUGUGCAAAGAUAAUCAGCUACUACAGCCUAAUGGAAUAUCUUGUGCUUAGAUAUAUAGAUAGUCGAUUAUUAUAUUAAUAAGCUCAUAGAAAAUGCAGGUCUAAUAGCCAGCCGAUUUAUCAAGUCACACACCACCCUUUGAUCAGUUUUAAAUAAUUAAAUGCUAAUAUAGUUAAUAGAAGCAUCUAUCUGAUGUAUAUUUUACUCCUUUGCAGCGGAAAAAAAAAACAAAAUGGAAAACUAGAGAAAAUAAAGUGAAGGGGUAAUGUUUCACUUUCAGUGGUUGGUAGAUAGCUACGUUACCAAAACACCAGAGAUAUGUAGUUAUGUACAAAGACACUUGUAAUUUUGUUGUUCAUGAUAAUAAUUAUUUUAAAAGUGAAUGUAUUUAUAUGGAGUGAUGAUUAACAGUAGCGGUAUAUAAUUAUAUUAUUCAUCACUUCACAUUUUCCAGUGGAUUAUAAAAAUUUUUUAAGAAUGUACUCAUGAAAAUAUAAAUUUACACUGUUCUUUUUUUAUUAAGACGAGUAUUUAUUUCUAGAUAUUUAUUUAAAUAUUAAACAUACAUUAACAUCUGUAAUUUCGUAAAUCGCUUGUAUAACGUUCUAAUCGCUUUCGUAUAAGGUUCUAAUUUUUCAAAUUUAAUGUUUUCGUUUUAUCUAACUCGAUAUUUUAUUUUGAAGUAUGUUUCAAGACAUUUUUUCGGAUUAAUAGGUAAAAAAGUCUUUGACAGUACGUGAGUUUGAGGUGAACAAAACUUCGGGUCCAAGGUAUCACUACAUAUUGUGUGUGGAUUAAACAUAUAUUCGACAUCGCUCAGAAUAUUCGAGAUUGGUACUCAAAUAAAUCGAUAAUCGAAGUAAUCGAUAAUGAAUUUUACGACCUUCUUGAAAUCUUUCUUUAACUGCUGUUACGCUACGAUGUCAAUUUCAAUCUUGUUGGCCAUUACGGACAAAUGGCACUAUAUACUAUAGCAAACAAUGGGCGGUUAUCUGAAACAAUUAGUAUCUUUGUCCGGCAAUGGCCAUUUGAAUAUAUGAAGUGAUACAGCAAACGCCACCGAUAGAGAAAUUCUCCACAGCCAUUCUGAAUUAUACGUGUAUUAUACCGAAUUCUGUUAUUGGUUGAGUGCUAUAAAAACUAAAUACACCACUGAUAGCGUGUCGUUUUUCGAUUUUUUCAUACCAAUAAGCGAAAAUCAAUCGGCGUGCAACACAAGAGAUGAUAAUUUCAUUGAUAACUAUGAGCCAGUACCUAGGAAUCAUGAACU